ACAUUAUAUAUAAAAUAUACAGCUAGAAUCCAAACAUUUGAAUAAUUAUUUUUUUUAAUUGUUAUUUUCAUAAGUAAAAGAAUCAUUGUAAUGCAUUUAAAAACUAUAUUAAUCUUUUGUUCAUUUAGUUUUUUUAACGACACAAUGAGCGAGGGACUUAAUAUAUUUCACAUAGAUUUUUUUGAUACUUUGAUAAUGUAUAAAUAUGGUGAAAAUACUACUAGAAUUAAAGACGCAUUAUUAUGUCAUGGAAUCAGAGAAACUUUCAAUAAUUAUAACCUUGAAGAUGAUAAAAGUGUAAGAAUUUUCAAGAUUUUCAAUUUUUUAGUUGGAGUUGAAAAGACAGGCGAUGAAAAAACAAUAGAAAAACUUAAUGAAAAUGAUGUUCAAAUAAUCUCAAAUAUAUUCAGUAAUCUUGACACAGACAACGAUGGCUUGAUAAAUAAGGAAAAAUUCAUUACAUUAAUUGAUUCUAUUGGCUACUGUUCUUCUACUGGAAACGUAGUAACACUCAAUGAAAAUGACAAUGAAAAUCUCAAAAGUACUAUAGUUAAUUUGAAGAAAGAUAUUAAUGACGAGAAGAUAACAAUAUACGGAUUUAGUAAAGUACUGAUAAGAGUAUUAUUCUACAAGGCACAAUUUAAAAAUACAGACUUUGGUGAAGGUCAAUACCUACAUUAUACAAAACGUACAAUUUCAAAUCUUCGUUUUCCAGAUUCGAUAAAUGAUAUAAAAAGGUAUUACCAAAGCAAAUGUUAUGAUUUUUUUUCAACUUAUAAAUAAACUAUUUUUCCAGCUAUUACAUAAAAUAUUCUAAAAUUAUAAAAAAUUGUAAUACCUAAUUAAAAAAUAAUACUGGUAGAAAAUCGGUGAUGUUAUAUUUUUAUCUAUAAUAAUGUAUUUUUCUAGAAUAAAUAUUCAUGAAAUAAAUAUGCUUAUACAAUGUUCAAUCUUAUAACACUCACACAUAUUAUUGAUAAUACUUUGAAAAUCUAUUAGUUAACACAUACCUAUGUAAACAGAAUGAUUUAUUAUUUAUAAUUUACUAUUUAAUUAAUUUAAAAAAUAAAAAAAUUUAUUAAAAUUU